UCCACGUGUCUCCGUUUCUUAUGUCUCUUUCAAUCGGAUCGGAGACGAAAUGUCUCACCGCAAGUUUUCUGCCCCGCGACACGGAUCCUUGGGCUUCCUUCCCCGCAAGAGGAGCCGACGCCACCGGGGCAAGGUGAAGAGCUUCCCCAAGGAUGACCCCAGCAAGCCCGUGCACCUGACCGCGUUCCUCGGGUACAAGGCCGGCAUGACGCACAUCGUGCGCGAGGUCGACCGACCUGGCUCAAAGGUCAACAAGAAGGAAGUUGUGGAGGCAGUGACCAUCGUGGAGACCCCUCCCAUGAUCGUGGUUGGUGUCGUGGGCUACGUUGAGACCCCUCGCGGCCUGCGCUCCUUCAAGACCAUCUUUGCCGAGCACGUUAGCGACGAGUGCAAGCGUCGCUUUUACAGGAACUGGUACAAGUCCAAGAAGAAGGCCUUCACCAAGUACUGCAAGAAGUGGCAGGACGAUGAGGGCAAGAAGCAGCUGGAGAAGGACUUUGCCUCCAUGAAGAAGUACUGCCAGGUGGUCCGUAUCCUGGCCCACACGCAGAUGCGCCUGCUGCCCCUGAGGCAGAAGAAGUCCCACCUGAUGGAGGUGCAGCUGAACGGAGGCUCCAUCGCCGACAAGGUGGACUGGGCCCGCGAGAAGCUGGAGCAGGCUGUGCCCAUCGCCAACGUAUUCACCCAGGACGAGAUGAUCGACGUCAUCGGGGUCACCAAGGGUCACGGCUACAAGGGUGUCACCAGCCGCUGGCACACCAAGAAGCUGCCCAGGAAGACCCAUCGUGGGCUGAGGAAGGUGGCCUGUAUCGGGGCCUGGCAUCCUGCCCGUGUGGCCUUCUCUGUGGCCCGUGCUGGGCAGAAGGGCUACCAUCACCGUACUGAGAUCAACAAGAAGAUCUACAAGAUUGGCCAGGGCUUCCACACCAAGGAUGGCAAGCUGGUGAAGAACAACGCUUCAACUGAGUACGACUUGUCCAACAAGAGCAUCAACCCCCUGGGAGGGUUUGUCCACUAUGGGGAGGUGACCAAUGACUUUGUCAUGCUGAAGGGCUGUGUGAUCGGGACCAAGAAGAGAGUGCUGACCCUGCGCAAGUCUCUGCUGGUGCAGUCGAGCCGGCGAGCCCUGGAGAAGAUUGACCUGAAGUUCAUCGACACCACGUCCAAGUUCGGCCACGGGCGCUUCCAGACCAUUGAGGAGAAGAAGGCUUUCAUGGGACCACUCAAAAAGGAUCGCAUCUCCAAGGAAGAGACCGCCUGAGAUCUCGUUGGGACCUGUCUGUUUACGCAGGACGUCAGAUUUCAAUAAAAGACCAAAACAAA